CAAGUGAUCAGAGUUACGCCAAUCCUGUGCAGCAAAACUCCCAGACUGCACCGCUCGCGGAUAUUGCGCAAGCAACGCACGUAAGCACGUCGUAUUCACGGACUGGACCUACGCCUCACUGCGUAAACUUGUCAGAAUUUGGCGCGAGGCGAUUGCAGUCCUACAGAUUUGAAAACAGGGACUAUCUACAUUUCUCUGCUUUGGACACAGUCGUUUAAACAGGAUUAUGCUCGCCGCCGUCGUCACAAGGAGCUGAAAGAGUACCAGCACAAUGUCUGUUGCCGUGGGAAGCACAGUGUCCAGGGUGCCCCUCCCUAUCCCAACCCACUUGUCCAAUGCAGAGCAGUGCUUCUCCCUCAAAAAGCGCCGGCCCCCGUUUUCUUCACCGGUGGCCGACUCCCCCUGCUCGUCCCCCGCUCGACUCUCAUAUUCCCUCCCUCCCGUUCCGCCGUCCAAGGGCUGCCCGUCUCUGAGUCGGGUGUUUCCUCAGCAAACUUCCCCUUGGACACCACUCUCUAAUUCGCUCAGCAAAUCUCCACAACCAAACUCAGUCUAUGAUCCCAGUAAACCUAAGUCCUACUUCAGCCAGUGCUUUACUAAUUUGGGCCUCUUGGGAAGAGGAUCCUUUGGAGAGGUUUAUAAGGUGCAAAGUAUCAAAGACAGCCGUCUGUAUGCCGUGAAGCGCUCCGCUCAUCGCUUCAGAGGUAACAACGACAGAAAACAAAGUGUGAGAGAAGCCAGAAACCACGAGCGCGUUUCUCCUCAUCCUCACAUCCUGGACUUUGUGGCAGCGUGGGAGGAAAAYGGCCGACUCUACAUCCAGACGGAGCUGUGCAGCACCAGCUUGCUGCUUCACGCUGAGAACAAACCUCCUGGCCCAGAUGAGCCUGCAGCGUGGGCUUACCUGUGCGACCUCCUCUCUGCUCUGCAGCACCUGCACUCUCAUGGUUUUGUACAUCUGGACCUAAAGCCCGCCAACGUCCUCAUUACGGACUCGGGCCGUCUCAAGCUCGGGGACUUCGGCCUGCUGCUGGAGCUCAAGCAGACGAGCACAGAGCACCACAAAGGGAAAAUAAAGGAGGACUCUCAGGAGGGCGAUCCCAGAUACAUGGCGCCCGAGCUGCUCCGCGGGGAAUAUGGACCUGCUGCGGAUGUGUUUAGUUUGGGUGUUUCUAUUCUGGAGCUGGCCUGUAAUAUUGAGGUACCAAACGGGGGCGAGGGAUGGCAGCAGCUYCGAAAGGGUCAUCUUCCCUCGGAGUUCACAAAUGGCCUGUCUGUUGAGCUGCAGUCAGUCCUGCGGAUGAUGCUGACCCCGGAACCAUCGGAGAGGCCAACCGUCUGCGAGCUUCUCGCUCUCCCCUCUGUUAGAAAACACCGGUGGAAGAGGCGCAUUUAUCUCAUGGCUGCGGAGGCAAUGCUGACACUGGUCUCCUUGUGCCAAUGGGUGGCGUGCUUUGGAUGCAGGCUCCUCUCRUCGUUUCACUUAUCCUUCCUCUCACGCUGGACCAAACCUUUGCCCUGCACUCCUCCUAAGGGCAGCUGGGACAGGGAUUUAACCCUCAGCUCCAUGCACACUGACCUGGAGAGUCUCGAGGAUGACGCUGUUUUUCUGCAUCAUGCAGACCCAAAACUUUCCCCCACGUUUUCACACAGGGUCAAAUCCACACUAGAAGUCACAUCCACUCCUCUCCCGGGUUCACCGAUACGCAGUCGCCAAAGUCCCGCCCACACACCCGCUCGCUCAAGUCUGUGUGACUGGUCUGACUUGGCCCUGUCUGACUUGGCCCUGACCCCUUCCAGUAUCCAUCCAAACGGCUCCUUCCACACACUCACGCCCAGCGACAGCCCCACACACACCGGCCCGUCGUUCACCAGUUCCUCAGAGCGAUCUGGUCGUAGCUGGGUCCGCACAGAGGAGCCCGUACCCCGACUCAACUUUGAACCAAAGAACCUGUUGAGUCUGUUUGAAAAGACAACGGAAGAGGAACAGCCUGAGCCAUGAGUACAAACUUUACCUUCACGUCGGGUCAAGAAAAAAACAAACGCAUAAGCUUUACUGUUGAACUUUUUUUCCCCCCCCCGCUGUUUUUUGUUCCAGCAGCUUAUUUUAACAUGUUUUUGAAAAAAGAUUUAAAUAAAAGGUCUGAACAUGUAAUCAGACCUUCAAACACUUUUACGUUUGUGUGAACGCUGUAAGUUGCUGAUCUAGCAUGGCAUGAUUUAUAUUUGGAUAACUUCUCUGUAGCCUGUUGAACUCGAGUCAUUUACAACAUGAGCUACAAAAAUAAACUUGUGGAAUGUGUUGUGACGUUAAAGCUCCUGCAAACACAAA